AUAUCGUAUAUAUUGAAAUAAAGAUGAAAAUGGAGGUUGAAAUUAUUUCCGAAGAGUGCAUCAAACCAUCUUCUCCAACACCCCCAAACCUAAGAACCCACAAGCUCUCCCUCUUGGACCAGUUCAUUCCUUCCCUUUAUAUUCCUAUUAUCCUCUUCUAUCCCAUGAACCAAAGCACAAGCCAUGCUGUUAACGUUGUUGAUAUUGUCUCUCAAAGAUCACUCAUGCUAAAGCAAUCCCUAUCAAAAACCCUAACUCGCUUUUACCCAUUUGCUGGCAAAAUCAAAGACAAUCUCUCCAUCGAUUGUAAUGAUGAGGGAGCUUUGUAUUUAGAAGCUCGUGCAAAUUGUCUUCUUGUUGACUACCUCAACCAACCUAAUGUUCCCUCAUCAUUGCAAACAUUUCUUCCCCAAGAGAUCUCUUGGAAACAGGCAAUUGCGGGAGAUCAUGUAGCUAUGAUAAAGGUGACCAGCUUUGCAUGUGGCGGUAUUGCGAUUGGUGUCCUUGUUUCGCACAUGAUCGCUGAUGGAACUGCCAUGAGUGUCUUUCUCAAAGGUUGGGCUGCCAGUAGUGCUCAUAAGGAUUGUGAACAUCUGUGCCCUAAUUUUGAUGCCCCAUCAGUUUUCAUACAAAGCGAUGCAUUCUCUAAAGAAGCAGCUAUGGCGGCUUUUUCCAAGUCCUUCAAAUCAGGCAAUUGUAUUGUAAGGAGAUUUGUGUUUGAUGCCUCAGCCAUUGCAUCACUUAAAGCCAAAGCCACCAGCUCAAGCGUGCAACACCCAACAAGAGUUGAGGUUGUGUCGGCAUUCCUAUGGAAAUGCACCAUGACUGCCUUCCAGGCCACUUCUGGUAUUCAAAGGCCAACCUUUAUUAGCCAUGUAGUGAAUUUGCGUCGCCGAGCAAAUCCGCCAUUCACGGAAUCUUCCAUGGGAAAUAUAAUUUGGGGAACAGACGCAUUAUGCACGGCUGAAGAGAUAGAUUUAGCUUGCAUGGUGAGCAAGCUUAGAGAAGCCAUAAUGAAAAUCAAUCCUGAUUUUGUAAAAAGCCUACAAGGUGAUGGAGGGUUUUUCAAACUUUGUGAGGUUUUCAAAGCAAGGACUGGAGCUCUCUCGAGUAUAGAAUGUUCUGGUGGAAUGGAUUACAUUGCGUUUACCAGCUGGUUUAACUUUGGUUUAUAUGACAUUGAUUUUGGGUGGGGAAAGCCGAUGUGGGUAAGCACUGUUGGUUCAAGCAACGAUUCGGAGGCCAUGUUCCCAAAUACGAUAAUUUUAAUGGAUACAAGAUCCGGCGACGGAAUAGAAGCAUGGGUUUCGUUAGAUAAAAAAGAUAUGACUAUAAUAGCACAAGACAAAGAACUUCUUGCUCUCGCUACUUUAGAUCCUAGUCCCAUAGAAUAGAAAAUGGUAUUUUUCACCAAUAGAGUCAAGUCAUAGGCUAAUAAGGAGUAAAUCUUCAAUUUUUUUUUUUUUUUUUUUUUCUGCCCUUAGAGUGAGAGUCCAUGUUUUAGAAGUCAAGACCCAAUUGAUCUUUUAUGUAAUCAGUAGUCUGUUGUUCUUCUAUUUAAAGGAGAAACUAUCAAUAAUAAAGGAUCGAUGAUGGUUGAUUACUAUCUUAAAACA